AUGGAUUUCCAAUACUCUUCUGAGAUUGACCCAAAGUUCUAUGAGACGGAUGGUCUCGACCUUGGCAUUCCCCUCCGUAUGCAUCUAGAUCCAUAUAAGGAAAUCAAUGGUGCACUCCGGGCACAAGACGACUGGAGCAAGAACGUACGCCCGGUGUACGGUUAUAAGGGUGGACUUGGAUAUCCAUUCAGCUUCAUUCGAGUGACUGUUCCAGAAUGCCUCCCUGAGCGACUGGAGAUAAUCUCGUAUGCUAACGAGUUUGCCUUCCUUUAUGAUGACGCCAUGGAGAAGCUUGACCUUAAGGGGUAUAAAGAUGGAAAACAUCACGACAUGCUAGAUGCCUUCGAUGAUGACAAGGCACUAGAUCAAGAAGCCACAUCUCAUGAUGGCCAAGAGAAAAAGCUCCAGGCACAGAUUUUGCAAAACAUGGUUGCCAUAGACCCUCCUCGCGCCAUCACAGCUAUGAAGGCAUGGUCCAAAUUCGUUCAGCUUGCUUCCCGAACAAGAGCACGUCCUUUUGAUACUUUGAAGGAAUACAUCCCCAGUCGAGUAAUCGACGCCGGAGAGCUGAUCUGGUUCGGAACAUUGACCUUUGGCAUGGGCCUCACCAUCCCAGACGAGGAGUUAGAGCUUUGUAUGGAGCUGGCUAGGCCGGGAUAUGCUGCCCUUGGCCUCACAAACGACCUCUACUCUUGGAGAAAAGAGCGUGACGAUGCAGCAGCGGACGGCCUGGACUAUGUCUUCAACGCUGUCUGGGUCAUCAUGCAAGAGCGGUCUCUCAGUGAAGAAGAGGCGAUGGUCGUAUGUGCUGAGGAGAUCAAAAAGCAGGUGGCUGAGUUUAACACCAUUGUCGAAAAGGCAAAACAGGACUGCAGCCUUUCCAAGGAUACUCGAGCAUACCUUGAAGCAGUAAGGUACAGCCAUAUUGGGAAUCUCGUCUGGAGCAUCUACUGCCCACGUUACCACGACUACUGA